UCUCCGCUCACUUCCUCUCCAAACCGCGCCUGGGACGGGGGCUGGCAGUCUACAGCCCCGAAAGAAAACACAAUGUAAAAGUAUAAAAAGAACACACAACGCAAACUGUAGAUUUUUUCUAAGUAUUCGUUCCAUGACUUCCGUCAGUCAACGCAUCGUUACAACGCUUGCUGUUUGGAAGAGAGCGAAUGGCCAGUGAAGGCACAGAGUAAUCCCGUGAAAGGAGGAGUAGCGAGAAGGAUCGGAGGACCAAUUUGCAGCGUGCAGACAGAUACCAUGCAGAUGAGUGAUGGCCCCAGUCGCGUCCCCGUCUUUGUGGCCCCGCCCAACGGUAACCUCCGGUCGCCAGGAUGCGUCUCCGGCAGGGUCAUACCUGUCCGCUCCCCACCUCCGGCCAAGGCCCCACCCCCUCCCCCUCUGAAGCCCAUUGGCCCGCCUCCUGAGUGCCGGGCAACCUUUAACCUAUCAGAGGAGGGGCAGCACCGGGAGCGUGCUCAGGUUCUGAGGAAGAACACCUUCAUCUGCUUUAGUGUCUCCCUGGGUUCCUUUUUCCUCUUGCUCAUCCUCAUCCUCAGCCUCACCAGUGGAGACGUGUUGGACGAGAACUGUCCAGACCACAGCCCCUCCCUGAGCAGCUGGAACCCAGGUCACAACCCAGAGAAGGCCAUGGUCGUCCGAGGGGGAGAUCUGUUUCGAUUGGACUCUUCUGCUACCUUCUACUCCCUAACCAUCCAAUCAGGAGGCCGAGUGGUCUUUGCAGACAAUACUGAGGGCUCCAAAAACAUCACUCUCAGAACACGUAAUGUGCUGAUUGAAGACGGGGGUUCGCUGCACAUCGGUGCCCCCAAAUGCCGUUACCGCUCCCGGGCCACCAUCACCCUCCUGGGCCGUUCAGACGAGAAGGCCGUAGCAGAAGUACCGGAACUGGGCCGGAAGUUCAUUGGGGUGCGUGGAGGCGCAACCCUGGAGCUUCACGGGACAGAGAGGCUGUCGUGGACCCUCCUGACCCGCAGCAUCCCCUCCUCAGGCCUAGCCACGGGGGGCUAUGCCUUUCAGCGCAACUUUAGCCGUGGCAUCAACCUGCGUGUGGUGGACCAGGACACGGCCGCUGUUCUGUUCACCGAGCGCUACGACACAUAUGACUCACGGAACGACAGCCGGCGGCUUAUGCAUCUUCUCCAGUCGCUGCCUGCGGGGCGCAUCGUCACGCUGGCCGUGGGAGACUCUGCCACCAAGAACCUGCUGGACGAGACCAAGAGAACCAUCCAGAGCCUGCUGGGUAGUACCUACGUCCAUGACCUCAAAUACAGGCAGGCCUGGGCACUGGUAUCUGUAAUUGGUGGAGGGAACGGCUCGUGUUCCGAGGACGUGCGGGAACAUGAGAACCAUGACACGGGAGGAAAGGCGCUGGCCCGGAAGAACUUCAGCACUGUGGACGGGGUCGGCUUCUCUGUCACCGCGUACAGCGAAUGGAGGAACGGUUAUCCCAUAUCUGGGUUCCAGGUGGAUGCUGUGGACCAGGUAGUCCUCAACCUUCAGGAUGAUGUACACACCUGGCAACCUGGGAACCAUGUUGUGGUUGCCAGUACUGACUAUUCAAUGCAUCAGGCAGAGGAGUUCACACUUCUUCCCUGCCCCCACUGCACCAGCAGACAGGUCAGAGUUCAAGGGAGGCCCCAGUUUGGUCACAUGGGGGAGAUUGUGGACGGGAUGGACAUGCGAGCGGAGGUGGCACUGCUCAGCAGGAACAUACUCAUCUAUGGGGAGAUGGAAAACACCUGCUAUGGAAACAACUGGUGCCAGUUCUUUGGCCACGACACAUACGGCGGACACAUCAAGAUAUUUGGGAACUUCACUUCGGUGCACCUGUCCCACGUGGAGUUGAGGAACAUGGGGCAGCAGGAGCAGGGCCGCUACCCGGUCCACUUCCACCGCUGUGGGGAUGUUGACUGGCGAGGGGGCUACCGGGAACCAGCCUACGUGGACGGCCUCUCCAUCCACCACUCCUUCUCCCGCUGCAUCACCAUCCACGCCACCAAUGGCCUGCUGGUGAAGGACACUGUAGGCUAUGACACCCUGGGUCACUGUUUCUUCCUGGAGGAUGGGAUGGAGCAGAGGAACACGUUCUUCCACAACCUGGGUUUGGUGACCCGACCAGGAACACUCCUGCCCACCGACCGCAACGAGACCAUGUGCACCAGCAUCCGAGACAAAGUGUAUAAGAACUAUACACCUUCGCCGAGCAUGGAGUGCAAGGCAGUGUCUACGUUCUGGAUCGCCAAUCCCAAUAAUAACCUCAUAAGCAAUGCUGCUGCUGGCUCCCAGGAUGCUGGGAUAUGGUAUGUGUUCCACAGCUCAUCCACAGGGGACUCUCAUGGGCUGUUUCCAGAGACCCGGGCAGAACUGACCCCUCUGGGGAUCUUCUACAACAACCGUGUGCACUCCAACUUUAAGGCUGGGCUCUUCAUUGAUAAAGGUGUGAAGACCACCAAUGCCAGUGCUGCAGACCCCCGGGAGUACCUGUGUCUGGACAACAACGCCAGGUUCCGUCCACAUGAGAAUGCAGACCCAAACCGUCCCAGGGUGGCUGCUCUCAUCGACACACUCAUCGCCUUUAAGAACAAUGACCUCGGAGCCUGGAUACGAGGCGGCGACAUUACCAUUCAGAACUCUGGAUUUGCAGACAAUGGGGUGGGACUCUCCUUUGCGAGUGACGGUAGUUAUCCCAAGGACGAGGGUUCCAGUCAGGAAGUGACUCAGUCUCUGUUUGUGGGAGAGAGCCGGAACCGUGGCUUCAACGGAGGCCAGAACAAGUACUGGGGUCAGGGAGGAGCAGACGGCAAGAUGAGGACACUACCCAGGAACAGGACGUUCCCGAUCCGCGGCUUCCAGAUCUAUGACGGUCCUGUGCGGAUCACUCAGAGCACAUUCCGAAAUUACAUCCCGACAAAGGAGCGUUUCACCAGCGCGGUGGGCUUCAACCUAAAGAACACCUGGCAGCUCACACCACGCAACAACCUGUCCAAGCUCAGCUUCCAGCCCACUGUGGGUCUGAGGGCAUUCUUCGGGCGUCCGGGCCAGUGGUUCGACGAGAAUGAUCUGGACGGGGAUAAGAACUCCAUCUUCCAUGACGUGGACGGCUCUGUAACGGGCUACAGGGACACGUAUGUAGGCAGAGCAGACAACUACCUGAUCCGUCACCCCGGCUGUGUCAACAUCACCCAGUGGAACGGAGUGGUCUGCAGUGGCACCUACUCUCAGGUGUAUAUCCAAACUCAGGGAGCUUCCAGCCUCAGUCUGUCCAUCAGUAGAGAUGACUACCCCGAGGCUCCUCUGGUGCUGAGGGGUAUUAACAGCCAAGGUGCGCUGUCUCAGCAGUACCAGCCUAUCCUCAUGAUGAGCAAGAGCUACACCCUGCAUUGGAAUGGUCCGGCUCCCAGAGAGAUUGUCCUUUCCCUCAUUAACUUCAACCAAGGUGACUGGGUGCUGGUGGGUCUCUGCUACCCGUCCGACACCACCUUCCAGGUCAUGGCUGACAUCAACGACCGCCAGAGUAACAUCUUCGAUGACAUCAGCGACUAUGGGCCUGUGUUCUCCCUCGCUGAAUUGGAGAAGAGGCUGCUGGAGAGGAAGUAUUUCUUUGACCGCAGUGUGGGCUUGCUGUGGCUGUAUUUGCGGGCGAGGCAGGGGCGCGAUGGCCACAGUUACUGCUCGGUUAAGGGUUGCGAGAGAGUGAAGGUGAUGGCCACCACGUCGUCCUCCAAACUGACCUGUAACUGCACGGCCAAGGCCUACCCCAAAUACACCAAGACUCCCUCGGCAGUGGUCCCCAUGCCCACCCUCAGCAACCAACCAUGCAAGGACUGUGGGGCCUCCCAGCUGGUGUUUUCCAGUGACCCGUGGAACUCCUACCUCCAAACUCAGAUCAAAUCGCUCAGCAGCAAGGAGCAGCAGACUGGAGACACACAAUCCUUUAUCACUGUGAACAGUGAGACAUUCUCCUUCACAGAGCCAGGCCUCUUCCUGGUCUCUGUUGAUGCCUGCUCUGGAAAAGUCAGAAAUAAGAGAUUUUUCUCCAAAAUGGACUCCAAAAUGGAGGAGUAUCUUAAAACUGGAUUACCAAAGAGGUCAAUAGUGCUUCUGGGAACGCGAGGGCAGCCCGAUGGCUUGGUCAGUGUUGCACGAUAUCUGGUCCCCCUGGGAAUGACUAAGGCAGCAGAUCUGCAGAGUAAAGAGAGCCUGGUGUUUUGGGGGUUCCAGGGUGGCUCUGCCCCCCCUCCGUGGGCCUCCAUCCUGGUUGGGCAGGGUGAGGAGGGGCUGGGGCUGCAGGAGCGCUACCUCCCCCUGGGCCUGGAGGCCUAUGGCUGCACACAGACCAGCACACGCAGAGACCUGGAGCUACUGAGGACCGCCACAGGACCACAAUGACAAAUGUAAACACAAUUGAACCAAAACACAUCCAACCAGCAAAUGAAUGUGAACUGCUGAACUUUUAUUUAUUAUUUUAUUGGCAAAGAUGUUUAAUAAUUUGGGGGGGUAAUUUAUUGUGUGUGUGUGUGUGUGUGUGUGUGUGUGUGUGUGUGUGUGUGUGUGUGUGUGUGUGUGUGUGUGUGUGUGUGUGUGUGUGUGUGUGUGUGUGUGUGUGUGUGUGUGUGUGUGUGUGUGUGUGUGCGUGCGUGUGUGUUAUAUUUGACUGGGAACUGGGAAUCAAUGGGGAUGGACCCAUAAUGGAAUUAUAAGAGCAAAUUAACAAAGUAAGUAACCACAUCAAACUUGUGGUCUGACACUUGUAUCAGUUACCUGAUGGGUUGUUGGUUCAGGCCAGCGUUUGACCUGUCUGCUGCUCACCACGUCCAUAGACGAAACACAUCAUUUAGAAGAAGACUGAAUUAGCAAAUCAAAGGAAAAACUGUCUGUUUCCUCACUCCUUUUUUCUGCAGUUUUUGCAUGUCCCUGGAGGCAUUUUGUUCAGCGACUAGAUCUGUUAAGGGCAGCUGUAUCUUAAUGAAAACAUUUUGUAUUAGAUUCCGUUGAGAUUGUUGUAUUUCCAACAAACCUUUUUUUCCCAGGAUGUGUCCUUUUUUGUUCCAUAUUUAUUUGAUCUCUACACAGUGACACUUUCCCCUAGGGCUGGCUACGCUUGCAGCAGAGAUGGUUUGUUUCUCGUUUUCUUCUCAUUAUCUUACCAUUGAAACUGCAUUUCCAACUAAUUUACCUUUUAGUAUGGUCAUGUAUGUUGUUAAUUACGUAUAAAUGCCAAAAGUAUGUGUUACGGGGGGACAUUUUACAAGGUAAAUCUGGCCUUGAAACGAACACAGACUAGUAGUCCAUAACAAAACCAUGGCUCACUGUACCUCUGUGGUCUCAGCAGGUGAUUUGAAAAGGGGCUCCCCCACUGUGCCGGCGAUUAGUGACUUUCUGUAUGUGAUUGGGUGCAUUCAUUUUAGCUCGCCCGAUGAAGAUUUCGCUUUAAGAUCUAAGAAAUGGUCAAGAAUUUGCCAACUCUGCCUACCCAGUGCCCUGGACGAGUUAAAAUGAAUGCACCCAUUGUGAGAGAGCCUCUGAAGAGAAGGACCUGCUUUUCAACCACUGUUCUGUUGUAAAUAAGAUGUUUUUUUGUUAUGCAAAUGCUUUUAAGAUGCACACUCCAAAUUGAGCACUUUGAAUAGGGUUGAGUAUUGAGGGAUGUUGAGAAGCUGUCUGUAUACUGUGAGAGUGCCUUUCAAUUUGCUGUGAGUUGUAUUUGAAAUGUUAAAUCACUAUACUCAUGAGUUUAUUUCUUUAAUCAAACCUUUAUAUUUGAAUUCUCACAUCCUCAGUGCUCUUCUGAAAUUGCAGAGAUGAUAACUUUGUGAUAAAGUGUCCUGUCAUCA